GACAGCUAACCAGAGGAGCAGACGCCAGCUGUUCAACGGAGAAAUCACAUCGCGCAUCACUGCUAGCUAGCUAGUCAGUAUUGUUGUUCGUACAGUCGCGUCGUCGUCUAUCCAUCCUCCGAGUCCUUAACGAUCUUCGUGCGUCGCAUAAUAUUCAUUGAUAAAAAAGAGACGUUGUGAUUUGGUGCACGGUCGUUCGUUUCUUGGUUUUAACUGGUUAAUUACUUUGUUUCAAGUGAUCACGCGUGCAUGUGUGUGUUUGUUUGUGCAUCAGUGUUGGGGGAAAAUAUAUUCCCGUUGUUCAUGCGUUGACGAAAAAUACACAAUAUUGCGUAUCGCAGAGAGAUACAUUUGGUAAAAAAUAUCCUCGCUCUGAUGUGCAAUAACCGAAAUAGCCGAUAAGCCGCAACGUUUCGACACCUAACUUUCCGAUAUCCCUGAUCGAAAGAGAGGAAAAAAGGGAAGAAAAAACGCUGGCCAUCGCGAGAGUCUUUACGGACCUGCUUGUGGCCUAGCAGCCGCGAAAAAAGGCGCAAGGAAUGGCGCAACCGACGAGUAGCGCGCUGAGGGCACUCGCUCUCGAGUACAAAAGCCUCCAAGAAGAGCCAGUCGAAGGAUUUCGUGUGAAACUGGUCAACGAGGACAACAUGUUCGAAUGGGAAGUCGCGAUCUUCGGACCACCGGACACUCUUUACCAAGGAGGCUAUUUCAAGGCACACAUGAAAUUUCCACCUGAUUAUCCAUACAGUCCACCGAGCAUUCGAUUCAUGACGAAGGUCUGGCAUCCAAAUGUAUACGAGAACGGAGAUUUGUGCAUAUCGAUUCUACACCCGCCAGUCGACGAUCCACAGAGCGGAGAACUGCCCUGCGAAAGGUGGAACCCGACGCAAAAUGUCAGGACGAUCCUCCUCUCGGUGAUUUCACUACUGAACGAACCCAACACGUACAGCCCAGCAAACGUCGACGCUUCGGUGAUGUACAGACGUUGGCGCGACUCCAAAGGGAAAGACAAAGAAUAUGAAAAUAUAAUCAGGAAACAAGCCCAGGCGGCGAAAACAGAGGCUGAAAAAGAGGGUAUAGUGGUGCCGUUGACGCUCGAGGACUAUUGCAUCAAGACGCGAGCACGACCGGCAGAACAGCAGCUUGACAUGACAGAUUUUUAUGAUGACGAAUACGAGCUAGACGACGACGAGGACGAUCAGCUGAGUGCGAGCGAUUAUGAGGACGGUGACGACAGCGGAAACGGAGAGUCGUGAUCCAUCUCAUGAAGACUAAGAAUCACAAUAACAAUAAUAAUGAUAAUGAAACGAAUAAUAACAAUAAUGAUAAUAAUAACAAGCAGAAAAAGGAGAAGACGAAGACGAAGUAGAAGAAUCUGAAGACGAGUCCAAACACCAAUUAUAUAAAAAUUAUAAAUAAUGAUUAUGAUGAAGUUGUAAAAGAAAAUGGAAAAAAAAAAUCAACCACAUACAAACACACACACAAAACAAAAUUUGAAAAAAUAAUAUAUGUCGUAAUAAUUAACGGAUAAAAACAAAACGCUGGUCAAAAAUAGGUUUCAUUCUCUGUUGGAAAUGGGUGUAGAUUAUCUAUGUGCUAUGUACUGCGGUGAUUAUUAUUGUUAUUAUAAAAGCGAACGCUGUCGAGUAUUAUAUCGCUCAAACAUCAAAAUUUAUUUCAAUUUCAAUCGAUCGCGGGUUACGAAAUUCAUCUUUCAGUCUCGGUUGUUUUUUUUUUUUUUUUGUUUUUUUUUUAAUUUCCUGCUAUCCUACCGUUUCUGUCGUUCGAAAAAUUAUAAAAUACGUGAUGGUAAAACAGGUCGUCUUACGUAUCAUUAAUCGUUAUUAUAAAAACAAGUAAGAAUGAAGUACUUGCUUCGGAUAAAGCAUGUAUAAUAAAAUUUAAGAUAUGAUUUUCCGUCAAUGUAAAAAUUAUGCGCGCUGCGGAUAAAGCGGUAAUCUCGAGAGAAUAUCCAUGAUCUCGGUACAUAGAUUUCAUUGAUUAUAACGAUAGAGUGACGUGUCAAUGAAUAAUGAAUUAAUUGAUUACCUAAUCGAAUAUAAACACACACACACACACAUACACAUAUAUAUAACACCUAUCGACCUUAACAUUUCAUUUUUAUAUCCUGUCGUAAACUAGAAUUCGUUUCAUUUUUUUUUUCAUACCGUUGGUUUUUUUCUUAUCAUUUUCUCUCCUUUUUUUUCUAUUUUUCUUCUGAUAGAUAAAUCUAGAAAUGUACGUCAAGCAAGGCUGUGUAGAUCGUUUAAUGAAUAAUAAAAUAAGUGAAUAUAUUUAACAGAAAAAGGGAGAAAAAAAAUAAAUAAAAAUGGAUGUAGGGUCGCUAGGUGGUGGCUUGAACCGCGUUGAUAUAAAGAUAUAUACAAUACAAAAUAUACUUUUUUUAAAUACGCAUAAAUAAAAAUUAUAACGUUCGUGAUUCGAAUAUCGCGAUCUAUAAUAUGUAUGUAUAUGUAUCUCUAUAGUAAGUUGUGCGUCGGUUUGAUGCGUUGUGAGAAUAAAACGUGAAAAAUGUAAAAAAAAAAAAAGGCACCUACGCUUGUGAUGCGACAAAGCACGUUUCGGUAUAUCUUUGACGUACAUAUAUAUAUAGUUAUGGUAAAUACAUUAUACAUACAUCGUAAAAGAACUUGAUGCUAAAUUUGAAAGAUAUACAUACAGUGUUAAGAAAUGUAAAACAUACCUACCCUAGAGAUAAAUAAUGUGGUGAAUAUCUCGUAUAAUUCGUUGUAUAAUAUCGAUUGCGUUUGUGGCUCGGACGUACGGAUUUUUAUUUGACGAUGAAAAGAAAGAAAAAAAAAAUUAACAAGGAAGGAUCAAUAAUUAUUAAUAACAGAAAGAUGUUGAAUGGAAAACUAGACAAUCGACAAAUAUAUACGCAUAUAUAUUGUUCUUUUCUUAAAAUAAACUAGUCAUGUCUAGAGUGUUGUACGAUUUUAAUAUCGAAUAUAUACUCUAAUUUGUUUCUUUGAGAAUUUUUUUCAUAAACAACACGUGGCUAAAAGCUGUCAUACUAUACAUCAAUGGAACUUUGAAUUUAUCACCUUCUCUUAUUUCUGCGUGGUUAUUUAUCGAUUUUAUUUCCAUCAUUUUUCUCGCUUCCUUAAUGUCGAUCUACGACGUCGUUCUUAAUUAUCUGAUAGAUAAAACAAUCCAAUCUACCUUAACACGUUUCUCCAUGGAACAUUUACCACAAUCCUGACAAAGAUAACAAUAAUCAUAACAAUAAGAGUUGUGAUAUCAUUACUAUAUGCGUCUAGUUUUCCUUUGAACGACUUCUCGCUAUGUAGGUAUGCUAAAACGGUUAUCAACCGUCUGAAAUACCAUUUAUAGUGUAUACACAUACGGAUAUGUACAAUAUAGUUUUUUUUUAGCUCUUCUCAUUUUUCUAACAACCUAAUUUAUUACGUCGUUUUCUUUUUCUUAGAUUUUAUUUUCCUCUUCACUAUCAUGUAUCAAAAGACGACGAAGAAAACGAAAAAAAAAUGUUGGCUCUUACUAACAAAACCUGCGUGCAAAUUAUUGUUAUUAUUAUUGUUGUUUGUAAUAUUAUUGUCAUUACUGUCAUCGUCAACAUUGUUAUUAUUUUCUAGUCGGUUGAAAACCUAAAGAAACCAACUAGAACGAAUUUGGUAAAAAAAAAAAUAGUUUAAUACUCUGUGCUUAGCCAUCGAUAUAAGGUGUCUUGUUUGCACAAUUGCUUACGAUAAAAGCUUGGCGAUAAAAGUAUAAUUUACGAUAAAAAAUUAAAAUACUGUAUAUGCCUGUAUAAAUAAUUGCGUGCAUACAUAGUUUAUGCGUAAAUCAUGCGUACGCGCGAGCCAAAGUAAUCAAAUGCGCGUUUUUAUUUGUAAUGAGAA